UAACUCCUAUAUAACGGUGUUUAUCGAGAUACCAUAUCAUUCAAUGGCGCGUAAGCUCAGCUAAACUGGAAUUACGCCGGAAUUAUCCUCAGGCGGCAAUCGGAAUCAGCUAACCACGUAUUGACUCCGAUCAACCUGAAAUUUCCCCGUUCACUCUCGUAAAACCUUUCCAUCAGUUCUAUCCGAGACCAACAUAAUCAAAGCCUAUUUACAUAAAUCUUUUGCCUCAACUUCCUGUCGAUGAAAAGUAUUUUUGCAGAACAUAUUUAAAACCACUAACCGAACACGCGAACGUCCAGUUAUGCCUGAACUCGAUCAGAGUCUAGUUUGAUGCUGCUGCGGUGUGGUGCUAAUGCACGAUCUUGAUCUUCGGUUGUCACCGAUUUUUCCUGUUUGCUCCGUACAGUCGAUAGUGGCAAUAAAAUAUCCAGCUGGAAUAUUAUCCGUUACGAAGCAGCAGAGGAUUGGCUUAGAUCAGGUUUUGCGGGCUCUGCUCCAUCCAGGAAGUUGUUUUUCCCGACAUUGUUAGCGAUAUUGCAUAAACUUCCAAUGUCCAAUUAGUGGGAAGUUGUAGAAUGAUGCCAGAAUGAAUCGAAUUUAUCUUUUUUCUCUUCGUUCACGAUAUUGGUUUGCGUUUUGUUUUACAUUGGAAAAUGUUUUUUUUUCUUCUGCAGACAAAAAUCAAAAGCCCCGUGAGCUAACGGGCUUUCUCAUACGUUGCAUAAUUAAACUGACAGAUGUUUUUUCGCAUUCCUAGGUACGACCAUGAGCGAAAAUCGACAUUCACUUUCUCCGGUGAACUAGUGGAAAACUAGUUCUUCGGUGCGCAUUUCCUCUUUUUUUCGGUCCCGUACAAUUCGUGAAAUCGUAAAACAGCUAAACAGCGCUAGUCGAGGCCAGUUUGCUGUGCGUUGGUUUCCUACUCUAACCUCAAACCCAUGACAAGCAAUGUUGCAAAACGGUAAUUGCAUCGAGCAGUGCAAUCGAGGGAAAAAUUUACGCGCGCUUUAGUCGACUCCGAGUGGUUCGGCAAGGAAGUGAGAGUUUAAGAAAAUCCAACACAGGAUGACAAUCGAAUACCGAACGCUUGAGACAGAGCUUAGCGGACGCCUGGAUAAAUUUUUCUCCAAGAAAAAUUCCCUCAUCGAAGUGAAUCCGGGCAAGGUGUUUAUGCCAACUAAGUUCCAGGAAAUCGGUGAGGAUAUUCUCAACUUGGAGAUACGAACCGAUGACGUCUGGUUGCUGUCGUAUCCGAGAACUGGAUCUACUUGGGCUCAGGAAAUGGUUUGGUUGUUGGGAAACAAUUUGGACUACGAAGGAGCCAAAAGUGUCCAGCAGGUCAGAACACCGUUGCUGGAGCUGUCCGCCAUAUUUUCUGAGGAUCAGAGCGUUGAGGAUUUUGUAACCAAACACGAGAAGGUCAAUUCAGUGACGUGCGUCCGUAAUCUUCCCAGUCCCCGGUACGUGAAGUGUCACCUUCCGUGGCAAUUGCUUCCGACCCAAAUGGAUACCGUUCGGCCCAAAAUGAUCUACAUUGCCCGAAACCCGAAGGAUCUGGCCGUUUCGUACUACUACUACUGUCAGCUGAUCCAUCAGACGAGUGGCAGUUUCGAAGAUUUCUGCAACAUUUUUCUGGACGAUCAAGCUCCCAUAGGACCGAUGUGGGCACACAUGCUUGGCUUUUGGAAACGUCGCAACCAAUCGAAUGUCCUGUUCCUGAAGUACGAAGACAUGAAGCGUAAUUUACCGACGGUGAUUCGAGACUGUGCUCGUUUCAUGGACAUUGACCGGGAUCUUAAGGAAGAGGAAAUCGUACGAUUGUGCGAUCAUCUUCAGUUCGAUCGUAUGCAAAAGAAUCCGGCCGUCAACAUGGAACCACUUAUGCAGAACUCGGCCCAAAUCGAUACCAACGGCAGUGUGAAAUUUAUCCGGAAGGGUGCCAUCGGGGACUGGAAGAAUCACAUGAGCGAUGAACUGUCCGAACGGUUCGACACCUGGAUCAGGAAACACUUUGACGGAACCGGAUUGGAGUUCUUGUAUGAGUGAUUUGUUGUUUUUUUUUGUUUUCUGUUGAUUGAAUAAAGUGAUUCGGUAGCAGCACGGUG